UCGGGCCCCGCGGCUGGGAACCCUUGGCCUCCUGGCGCCUGCGUGGUCUAGCUCCAGACCAGGGGGAAUCUGGCCGCAAGCGGAGGCUCUCCGGGUCACGGGGCACCGGCCGCCACCCCGCCGUCCCUCCCGCUUUGGGCCUGGGUCGGCUCCCUCCUGCCUCCACUGCUCGCCAGCGGUGCGCAGCUGCGCCUGGUGCCCAGAGCAGCUCGGAGGUGGCCCGAGGACAUCCCAGAGGGGGAUCCAUGAGACCCGGCCGUUCAGGUGUAAGAGCAGAUAAAGGACUUAAAAACUAAGCAGGAUGCUUUCAAAGUGUGCCGUCUCUGCCGCUGGCUUCCUUAGCUUGUGUCUUGUGGUGUUCGUGAGCCCAGAGACGAAGUUACCGACUGCUUUUGAGGAGUAUCCAGAUGAGCCUUGCGUUAUAAAACUGACAAUACGACGUUUCCGGCUAAUUUUAUCCUGGGAAUUAGAAAACAAGCCCAGCUCACCAGCUAACUACACACUCUGGUAUACGGUCAUGAGCAAAGAUGAAAAUCUGACGAAGGUUGAGAACUGUUCAGAUAUCACGGAGUCAUCGUGUGAUGUGACAGAUGAGUGGCCGGAGGGCAAGGAGAACUACUACGUCAUCAUCGUCAUAGUGCACAGAGGGGACGCCAUGGCGUGCCACUGCUCAGACUACAUCUCGCCUGAAGAUGCUUCUCUUGAGCCCCCAGAAUUUGAGGUUGUUGGCUUCACAGACCACAUAAACGUGAUGCUGGAAUUUCCACCUAUCACUUCCAAGGUAAUCCUGGAAAAGCUGAUGUCUACAUCCCUCUUCAUCAAAGAACAGACAGAGGACAGCUUUAGGAUGCACAAGCACAAAAUGAAAAAUGUUCCUGGGAACUUCACAUAUGUCCUUAGAGACUUACUUCCAAAGACAAACUACUGUGUAUCUGUUUAUUUUAAUGAUGAACCCGUAAGAGAAUCACCCUUAAAAUGUACCGUCCUUCAGCCUGGCCAGGAAUCAGGAUUAUCAGAAUCUGCCAAAGUAGGACUAGUUACUGGGUGCCUGAUACUGAUGGCUUGCAUGGGCACCAUCAUAGUGCUGAAACGGAUUGGUUAUAUAUGCCUAAAAGACAAUUUCCCCAAUGUCUUGAAUUUCCGUAACUUUUUAACCUGGAUAUUCCCUGAAUGGCCACCUUCAGAAGCUAUCGACCGGCUGGAAGUCAUCCCCAAAAAUACAAAGAAGAAACUGUGGAAUUACGACUAUGGGGACGACAGUGACAGUGACGAAGAGGUCCCCAAAGCAAGUGUCACUGGAUACACCAUGCAUGGACUGACAGGCAAGCCUCUGCAACAAACCUCUGACACCUCAGCCAACCCAGAGGAACCCCCACAUGAAGAGGACUCAGGUGCUGAGGAAUCUGCUGAAGCUGGGUCAGGAGCUGGAGCUGAGCCACACCUCCCCACAGAGGUGGAGGCGGGGCCUUCGGAAGACCCCAGUGGCCCCUAUGAGAGAAGAAAGAGUCCGCUCAAGGACUCCUUCCCUGAGGACAACAGCUCCAUGGAUGAGCCUGGGGACAAUGUUAUCUUCAAUGUGAACUUAAACUCUGUGUUUCUGAGAGUUCUCCACGAUGAAGACGCCUCAGAGACAAUCUAUCUCACAGAAGACACAGGCCUCCUAGAUGAGGGUCCCCACAGGACAGAAUCAGACCUUCAGAUAGCUGGUGGGGACAGGACACAGCUGCCCCACCCCAGCCUCUCUUCCCAGGGUCUAUGGACUGAAGACGGGUCAUCUGAAAAGACAGACACUUCAGAUUCUGAUGCUGAUGCAGGGGAUGGCUAUAUCAUGAGAUGACUCCAAAGUGGUUCGUUGACUGGAGCUGGGCACCUACAGGGUUCUCUUACAGCCUGACGUGAUGCCUUGUGGUCUCCAGGUGUCUGUGAAGGAGGGACUAGAGAACUCUACAGCCCUCAUGGUCCUUGCUGGAUGGCCUUCUCUAUGCAGAUUGCCAAUUUGGGCACCAGGAUUGUUUACAUGGGUCAUGAGCGUGACCCGCCCACCCUCUUUCCACUAAUGCACUAAGGUGGUUUGUGUUACAUUUCCCAAGGAACAGUGUUCAGUGUGGUUUUCAGAGGCAGCCAAGGCCUCCCAUCCCUGUGUUGUUUCUAGGAAAUGAUUAAAUUGGGGGAGAGAAAGAGAAAAGAAAAACUGGUCAAGCAGUGUUCAUCAGGACUCCAGGAAUGAACCUGAAAGGGGGCAGAAGGGCCAGAGGUAGGGCAGGCUGAGCUGGCUGCUGGCAGGGAGAAAGAAGUUAUCUGCACAAGGAAAGCCAGCAAGGCCUGAGCCCCCACUGUCUGGGCUCUUUCCAGAUGUAAAGAUCUGUCUUCUCUACUCUGGGAAGUUCCUUCACAGUCACCCAUUAAAAACCCUCACAGGUUUAGUGAGGAGGGGGAGAAGCCAUGUGAAUAAUUCUAGGUAGGACCCGACAAGUGACUCAGAGAGGAAUCUCAUGGCCAUAUUUUCUUUCUGCUUCACCUCUUUAACCUCCAGCUUCUCAAUUUAUGAAGUAAAGGGACUGAACACAUAAUCUCCAUCAUCAAGACUCAAGGGGAAGUGCCGAGCCUUGGGGGAGAUGCCCAGGGUGGAUGAAGGGUGUAGGAUCCUCCCAUCUUUACUCUUCUCACCCCAAAAUCAGUGUCUCACAUUUUUUUCUAUUCGAAGAGGAAUUAGUACAUGGGUCCUGGCUCAAAGGCUUCCAAAGGAUUAGCCACGUAGCCCCUGUAAAGCAAUUCAAAAGAAACCUUUGUCGAACUGACAUAAGAAAAAUCCCACAGGAAGGAGACCCUAUACACAGCAACUGUUUCUCUGCCCUACGAACAAAGCCACCCUCAUUCUCCGGUAGCAACGCUUUCUUUUAAGGUUUGCAUAAUUGCUGGGAGUUGGUUUUUUAGUGCUUGCACUUAGUUGUUGUUUUGUUGGUUGGUUGUUUUUAUUUUUUAAUUUUAUACGAUGUUUGAAAUUGUCACAGAGUAAUACAAAAGUACUUUUCAUAUAAGCUUCUAGUCUUUUUGGGUCGUUUCUCUCUAGAAUGCUUCCUACAGCGUAUGUGUGGUUCUGCUGCUGUUUCAAGAUUAAACUACUAGCUUUCUCUAA